AUGAAGGCUGUUCAGAUUCUAGGGGACGUCUCAUCCCCGAAAAUCACCGUCAAUGAUUCAUUGAUACAACCCAAGCCGACAGGAUCUGAAAUCUUGAUUCGAGUUCACGCCGCCGGUAUCACAGGUGAUGAGGUUCUUUGGCCUGAAGUUUACACCACGCCAUCGAGGAUUCCUGGACAUGACAUAUCGGGUGUCAUUGCCGCGCUUGGUCCUGACUACAGCGGACCCCUGGAACUGGGUCAAGAAGUCUUUGCUUUCAUCGCUGCAGAAAGGGGUCAAGGCCAAGCUCAAUACGCUAUUUGCCUUCCCAACGAAGUCGCCCCCAAGCCGAAAUCCAUAACCCAUGAAGAAGCCGCAGCACUGCCGAUUCCGCUCCUCACAGCCUGGGAGGCAAUUGUGGACCACUGCAAGAUCCAGAGUGGGAUGAGAGUUUUCGUUUCUGGGGCAUCGGGUGCAGUUGGCCAGAUUGCAGUCCAGCUUCUCACUCAGCAGGCUGGCGCUCACGUUAUAGCCUUAGCUUCGUCUCACAAUCAUCACACUCUGAAAGCGCUUGGAGCUCAAGAGUUGUUCGACUACAAGGUCCCAGGCUGGGAGAACCACAUAAAAGAUGUGGACGCUGUGUUGGACACCGUUGGUGGUGAUGUCUUGUCUAAAUCUUGGGACAUUGUGAAAGCCGACGGAGUUAUCGCCACAGUUGCCGACCCCCCUCCUCCUUGGGCAUUUGAGAAAAGCCUGCCGGAUGAACAUGCUGAUCGUCCUCAUGUGCGUUACAAGUAUUUUGUCGUCUCGCCCAAUAUGGAGAGGCUCCUGCAAGCAUCCGAGCUGAUAGACAUGGAUUCUUUCAAACCCUUAGCCAUAACAUCGUAUCCGUUAAAAGAUGCAGAGAUGGCUUGGGAGGUUUCUCGGCAGAGGGGUCAUGGGAAGAAGGUCGUUAUCACUAUGUUGGAAAAUGAUGAAUGA